AUGAGCAUUUUCACCUUUAUUCCUAGCCCUUUCCCAAACAUCGCAUUUGGACCUAUCGCCUUCCGCGUCCCCCACGCUUCUCCCCACCGUCUCUCACACACCUCCCCACGCACACGCCCACUCUUCCCACCGUCGCCCAAGCUUUCCCCCACCGUCGCUCACGCUUCCCCUUACUCGCCGCUCACGCUUCCUCCUGCCUUCCCCCACACCGUCGCUCACGCCUUUCCCCACCUUCCCUCACGUUUCCCCUCUCAUCGCCCACGAUUCCUCCCACCGUCGCCCACGCUUCGGAGCACCGUCACCCACGCUUUCCCCACCGUCGCCCACGCUUCCCCCCACCGUCGCCCACGCUUCCCCCCACCGUCGCCCACGCUUCCCCCCACCGUCGCCCACGCUUCCCCCCACCGUCGCCCACGCUUCCCCCCACCGUCGCCCACGCUUCCCCCCACCGUCGCCCACGCUUCCCCCCACCGUCGCCCACGCUUCCCCCCACCGUCGCCCACGCUUCCCCCCACCGUCGCCCACGCUUCUCCCCACCGUCGCCCACGCCACCGUCGCCCACCGCCACUGUCGCCCACGCUUGGCCUCCCAUCGUCCUCGCUUAGCCUUCCCGCCGACCUCCCUUCUCUCCUCCUCUCUCCACGUCGUCAUCACUCCCCUGCCCAUCACGUUCCCCCUCUUCACCAUCGCUUCUCUACCCAUGCCGCCCACCCUCUCAUCCCGUCCCAUCGCGUGGGGUGUGGGAGGGUGCGUGGUCAGCAGCACCCUUCCGUCACAUACACGUUCAUUUCCCCUUCCCUCAUCUCCCCAUUCCUCAUCUCCCCUUCCCUCAUCUCCCCAUUCCUCAUCUCCCCUUCCCUCAUCUCCCCAUUCCUCAUCUCCCCUUCCCUCAUCUCCCCAUUCCUCAUCUCCCCUUCCCUCAUCUCCCCAUUCCUCAUUUCCCCUUCCCUCAUCUCCCCAUUCCUCAUCUCCCCUUCCCUCAUCUCCCCAUUCCUCAUCUCUCCUUCCCUCAUCUCCCCAUCCCUCAUCUCCUCAUCCCUCACCUCCCCAUCCCUCUCCUCCCCAGCCCUCUCCUCUCCAUCCCACACCUCCCCAUCCCUCAUCUCCUCAUCCCUCAUCUCCCCAUCCCUCAUCUCCCCAAUCCGCCUCACCCCAUUCCGCCCCACCCCAUUCCGCCCCACCCCUUUCUGCCCCACUCCAUUCCGCCCCACCCCUUUCUGCCCCACCCCAUUCCGCCCCACCCCUUUCUGCCCCACCCCAUUCCGCCAUGCCAUCCUACUUCUCAUCCCCUUUUCCUCGUUUCCCCAUCCCUCCUUUCCCGAUCCCAUCAUUCCCUCUGCCAACUUUCACCAUUCCACCAUACGGUCAUACCCCAUCCCGCGACCUCCCCGUCACCUCCACCCCGUCCCCUCUCCUCCGUGCUUCUUCCCAUCUUCCGCCUCGCCAAAAGGUUCGUUCUUCACCACCUCCGCUAUCCAUCCCUUUCUAUACCCAUCCCCUCCUCCCCGUCCAUCCUAUCCCCAACUCCUCCCCCUAUCCCUCCUCUCGCGAUCCCUCCUCUACCAAACCCAUCGUUUUCUCAUUCCCUCCUCUCCCCACCCCGUUCCUCCAUGUCUCCCAUCUGCCGUACCUCACCUCCAUCUGUCUGCUCUGCAUCUGGUUGUGCAUGUGCUGGCUGUCUGA